UUUCAGUGCAGCGAGCGCCAGAGCUGCGUGGACAUCCGAGCUGAGCGGCCGCGCGGGGCUUCUCCCCACCGCGUAGCGACGCCUACCAAUGCUUUCUCCUUGGGAGAGUCCAGUUCGGGAGCAGUCUGGUAGCUGGAUCCCCUGGGAAGAAAAGUUGUAAAGCAUUGAGAAGAAAGCCUUUCAAUUUGGAACACUUACUUGCAACUGGAAAUGGGGAAUGGACUGUCAGACCAAACUUCUAUCCUGUCCAGCCUGCCCUCGUUCCAGUCCUAUCACAUUGUUAUUCUGGGUUUGGACUGUGCUGGAAAAACAACUGUGUUAUACAGGCUGCAGUUCAACGAAUUUGUAAAUACUGUGCCCACCAAAGGAUUUAACACCGAGAAAAUUAAGGUAACCUUGGGAAAUUCUAAGACAGUCACUUUUCACUUCUGGGAUGUAGGUGGUCAGGAGAAAUUAAGACCACUGUGGAAGUCAUACACCAGAUGCACGGACGGCAUUGUGUUUGUUGUGGACUCUGUUGAUGUUGAAAGGAUGGAAGAAGCGAAAACCGAACUUCAUAAAAUAACUAGGAUAUCAGAAAACCAAGGAGUCCCUGUACUUAUAGUUGCUAACAAACAAGACCUGAGGAACUCAUUGUCUCUCUCAGAAAUUGAGAAAUUGUUAGCAAUGGGGGAACUGACCUCGUCAACUCCCUGGCAUUUGCAGCCCACCUGUGCAAUCAUAGGCGAUGGACUCAAGGAAGGACUGGAGAAACUACAUGAGAUGAUAAUUAAAAGAAGAAAAAUGCUGCGGCAACAGAAAAAGAAAAGAUGAGUGGUGAUAACCUUUCAUAUCUGUGUGGAGUAGAUUUCCUCUGGUCUGAUUUUGACAAAUGGAAGCCUGGUUUGCCUGCCUGUCCUUCUGGAUGCUGUUAAAGCUUUGUUUUGUUGAACAGUCAGAUGCCCAACUCUGUUUCCUUGUGGAAGAUGAGUAAAUGCAGUGCUUCUUAAAAUGGUCUCUUCUCCCUACCCCACAAAUCUUUUGGUACUGCCAUUUUGGGAAGCCAAGCAAGGAUAGUAAAUUGACCAGAAAACAGUUGUUGAAAUUUGACCUGAAGUUAGAGAAAUAAAACUUUGAAGAAGAAUGUCUGCCUAGUGUUUUGUGCUUAUGUUUUCUUGAGGGGCGGGGGUGGGGGAGGGGAAUGGCUUUGCAAGGAAAUUGCUUACAAGGCUUUUUAUGUAAAGAUAAAAUGCUAAUGGAUGGAAAUGUUAAGGUAGAUUAAUAUAUAUACAGUAAUAUUGGUUAUAUUGGUCCACCUAGUAAGGGACAAACGGAAAUGUUUGUUUUUUUAAGUUUUGGCCAAAUGAAUUUUGAUAUUUUCUGCAGUCAAAUAAUGUAAUGCUGUAUCUUAUUUCUAGACAAUGUUUAAGUUGGUCUAACUUAAAUUAAUAAAGAUGAGCUAUUUGAGGCAUAUUCAAAUCAAGUGCAUGGAUUAGUUCUCCCAACACAGCAUGUUUUGGUGUGUAGUCUUCUACUUUUUAGAAAUAGCUAUACAUCUUUCUACACAGUCAAGUUUAAGACACCUUUUGGUGGGGGGCAGGGGAUUUAGAAAUAGUUUGUUAUCAGAAGCACUUCUACUUGGAAAACCUAAUUUCACUUAAUUCUUUCAUAUACUAAAUUUGGGCAUGUAGACUUGUUAUAAAUGCGUAUGUUUGGAUGUAUGCCUGGAUUUAUGAAAAAAGCAAUUGAUGAAUUCAGACAAGAGGAUGUAAUUUGCAAUACUUGGUCUUUAAAGUAUUCCAGUUGUAAAAUGCUUUAUUAACAUUCGCUGGCUAAACACAGAUGUGAUUUUUCAUAUAUUUUUGUAAUGUUUUGAAAGGAGCAAUAGCUUUAUAAACAGCACCUGAUGCACUGUGGAGUGAAAAAUGUAAGAGAUAAUCUUAUCUUAUACUCUGAGCUUUAAUUUUUUGUUUACAAACAACAGUGUUACACAGGCAGAACAGUCCUGAUUAUAAGGUAGGAAGAAAUGAUACAGUACUGCAGAAAAGAAUUACAGUUAUAGAAAAUGAAGGGGAAAGUAGCAAAGCUGUGUUUUGUGAAAUUCACUGGUGCUGUUUACAUUGGAAUGCACAAACCCUAUAAAUUAAAAGGAGGAAAAACCUUUAUCUAAUUCUUAUCUACAGGCAAAGACUUAACUUCCAGUGAUCAUAUAUGAACAAAUCAACAUAAUUUCUACAUGUAAAGCCAACAUUUAUUUGUAAUGAAGAUAACCAAAAGAAAUUCACUUUGUUAACAAGGUAUU